GCCAUUUAAAAUAUAUAUUAAUAUAUUAUUGGCGUGACAUCGACAUGGAGAGCGCGAGCGUACUAGUGGGUUUAAUAUGAGCAGUCUCGGGGAGAGCGGGAGGGAGGAGGAGAGAGGAGAGGAGCUAAGGAGCACUAUAAUCUAUCCUACUUCACAGUCAGCCGCUUCUUCAUUCAUCUUUUCUUUGUCCGCCAAAAGCAUCGCGCCAUGACGCCCCACCGGUACACCCCGAGCAGCUCAGCCGCCGUCCAGAGCGAGACAGCCGCUGGGGCCGCACCGCCAGGUCCCUACUAUGGAGAACCACACAAAUUUGAUCCUACCUUCAGAGGUCCAGUCCGUAGAAGAAGCUGCACUGACGUCUUAUGUUGUUUGAUAUUCAUCCUUGUCAUCCUCUCAUAUGUUGCCCUGGGAAUAGUGGCCUGGUUACAUGGGGACCCCAAGAAGGUGCUGCAUCCAACAGACAGCUAUGGCCAGUUUUGUGGUCAGAAGGGAACUUCCAAUGCGAAGAAACCCAUCCUAUUCUAUUUCAACAUCCUGAAAUGUACCAACCCGACUAUACUCAUCAACCUACAGUGCCCCACAACUCAGAUGUGUGUGUCAAAGUGUCCAGACAAGUUUGCCACUUAUACUGAGAUGCAGCUGCAACACAAACUCAGCAAGAGUUACUGGGAAUAUUACAGACUGUUCUGUAAGCCUGGCUUUAAUAAUCCUGACAAGCCAGUGUCUCAGGUUCUACGAGAUGAGGACUGUCCCUCCAUGAUUGUGCCUAGUAGACCAUUUUUCCAGAGAUGUCUACCAGACUUCAUCACUCUGAAUGGGACUGUGACUGUAGCUAACAGAACCAGGUUUAAAGAUGCUCUGGAAAUGGCACGCAGUGUCACUGAACUCCAACAUGCUGCCAAAGGUAUAACUGGUCUAGUGGACACUAAAGAGCUGGGCAUAAAGAUAGUGGAAGAUUAUGCCAAAUCAUGGACAUGGAUACUCAUAGGUCUGCUGUUAUCCUUUGCUGUUAGUCUGGUCUUCAUCCUGCUACUGAGGUUCACAGCUGGGUUGCUAUUGUGGAUGACCAUCAUCACUGUCAUACUGCUGCUGGCAUAUGGUAUGUGGUACUGUUCCAUGGAGUUGUCCCAGCUCAGACUCAGACCAGGCUCUGAUGUUGCCAUUAUAGAAGUUGGCCUGCAGACUGACCUGCAGAUCUAUCUACAGCUCACACAGACAUGGAUCAUAUUAUUGAACGCACUUUGGAGAGGAAUAUUCCAGGUAACGGUGUGCGAUGUCCGCGCUGGCGGAGACGCACAAGCGGACCAGCACGUUCCCUCUCCUCCUGCGAGCAAAGUGGUGUCUCUGGGAGCGACAGAAGCAUCCAUCUUGCUGAUGUUGAUCUUCUUAAGGAGAAGAGUCCGAGUGGCUAUCGCCCUGCUCAGAGAGGCCAGCAAAGCCAUUGGCCACAUCAUGUCCACGCUAUUCUAUCCAGUCAUCACCUUCCUUUUGCUGACUGUUUUCAUCUCCUACUGGGCAGUUACUGCUGUUUACCUGGCAUCCUCAGGUGAAGCUGUCUACAAAGUGAUGUCUCCUGAUGUGAGCUGCCCCUAUGCCAAUACUACCUGCAACCCUGAGAUCUUCAACAAAACCAACAUUUCCAAGGCCACAUUGUGUCUGGGUUCUCAGUGUCUUUUUGCUUUCUAUGGUGGGGAGACAUCCUACCACCAGUACCUCUUCCUGCUGCAGCUGUCCAACCUACUGGUCUUCCUCUGGCUGGUUAACUUCAGCUUGGCCCUGGAGCAGUGCACCCUGGCUGGGACAUUUGCUAGCUACUACUGGGCCAGGAGGAAGCCUCAGGAUAUCCCACCAUGCCCACUCUUUUCAUCAUUCAGCAGGGCUCUCAGGUAUCACACAGGAUCUUUGGCAUUUGGAGCUCUAAUUCUUUCAGUUGUCCAACUGAUCCGGAUCAUAUUGGAAUACCUGGAGCAGAAACUAAAAGGUAUUGACAACAGCCUGUCCAGGUUCAUAAUGCACUGUCUGAAAUGCUGCUUCUGGUGUUUGGAGAAAUUAAUACGCUACAUGAACCAUAAUGCUUAUGUCAUGGUGGCGAUCUAUGGUAAGAAUUUGUGUACCUCAGCCAGAGAAGCCUUCUUCCUUCUGAUGAGGAAUGUGGUCAGGGUUGCAGUUCUGGACAGAGUGACAGACUUUCUGUUGUUUCUGGGCAAAGUCCUGAUAGCAGGAGGAGUUGGUGUGAUUGCAUUCUUCUUCUUCACUAGGAAAAUCCCUGUUAUCCAGGAGGAAGUGCCUAACCUCAACUACUACUGGGUCCCCCUAUUGACGGUGGUGAUAGGUUCUUACCUGAUUGCUCAUGGUUUCUUCAGCGUCUAUGCCACAUGUGUUGACACACUCUUCCUCUGCUUCUGUGAUGACUUGGAAAGGAAUGAUGGUAGUUCGGAAAAACCUUUCCUGAUGUCCCCAGAGUUGCACAGAAUUCUGGGAAAAUCCAGUCAGGCGCGUUGAUAUCCUGUCCUAUUCACUGCAUCAGCAGUCAGUCUGGUCUGUUCUUAUCAGAAGACCUGGACAUUUCUUGGAUUUCAGGUGAUGUCUGUCCAGGACGCUGAACAAAUAUGAGACUACAGAAGGAAGACAGUUUUGGGUUUGGGUUUUGAGACCCCAUAUACUGGUGUCAUGUCAGCACUUGUAAGUUUUUUUGUUGCAAGGCUCAACUUCAGAAUGGAUGUCUACUUCACAGGAGGAUUAUUUCUUAUGAAUUCUAAACUAACCUUUGACACUGUGCCAGUGUUGGUCUGACAGCAUCCUUGAAGUAAAAUUUAAACCAUCAAAUGAAUGAGAAGAAAAUUGUUUUGUAUUAAGAUUCAGGUUAUGUGCUUUAAAAAAAAAAUCUACGUUUGAACUUUUAAUUCUACCUUUUUGUGUGUUGUGUGUUUUGGGAGAAUGUUCAAAGUGCAUGAAAAUCAUUUAAGGUGUAAGUGAUUCAUGUGAAGUACCCCUGCAAUAGAUUGACAUUAGACAACAGACCCCCAAUUUGAGAGAGUUUUGUCUUGAGGGUCCUAGGAUUUGUAUUUAUUUUUUAGGUUUGAAAGAUUACAAAUCAAGGGUGUUUAGACUUUGUAGUCAAUCAGUGAUCAAACUAAGAUUACUAUAAAUGAAAAUCAAUCAAAAAGGCCAACUGUAUUUCUUUCCUUGUUAUUACAACUUCUAAAAAUGUGAUGUGGUUAACAUUUCUAUUUCUCGACAAUGCACUGUUGAAAACCACUGGCCUAAAUAGACAAAUACUAAUGGAUUACUCUGAGACCAAAAUCCAGGACACCAAAACUUUUGUUACAGUAUACUGUUACUGACAAUGAAGUGUGAAAUUAAUCCUCAGAGUAAAGGGGCUAUCUCGAGAAUAUUUGCCAUCCUUUAGCCAUUAUCUGCCCUUCACUUGAUAUAUGUAAGUUUCAUUGGGAAAAUUAUUUAGAAGUUGAACUCUAAGAGGAUGUUUGGAAGUCUGUUCUAGAUAGAUAGAGUCCUCACAGUUUAAAGUGGUACAUCGCCUUGAAAGGCUUUCUAAGAUGUAUCCUGAUUGAAUUGUAACAGAUGUAAAUCACACAUAGGCCCUCUUAUUCAUACUUUCUGGACGGUCCCUUUAUUGGACCUCCGUCUUUGAGAUUUUUACUGAGGUAUUUGGAAUACGAUUUGAACCCUCCCCUCUACCAGCAAUUUUGGGUGUGUCCAUACCAUACCUUUAUCCAAACAUGUAAAUGACCUUUUCUUGGCCUGUUUUUACCUACGAGCCAACAAAAGAAGAAAACAGUCGUUUAUGCUUUUAGUUAGUUUAUGCUGUUCACAAGGUUCAUUAUUAGAAGGUAGGUCAGCUCAGUUUGUGAAUUAUUAAGGUUAAAAUACCCUCUGCUCCACACCAUUUUUAUCUUCUAUGGAUGGCCUGAAUCCCCACAUUUCUUUAACUGUCCUUCGCUCUUUGGGGAAGUAAAGAAAAUUGUAAACAGUUUUUUCUUAUUGUUCAAUGUGCAUAAUGCGGCGCCGAAACUUUUAGGAAUGGUCGUUUCAUUCUGAAGACAAGAAAGUGACAAAUGGCUGUUCUCAUCUAUUGUAGCACCCCGACUCUGUUUGACCUGAAUGGAAUGGAAACUUAAUAGUAUCAUAGUAUCACCUGUGUUUAUUAUUAUUAUUAUUAUUAUUAUUAUUAUUAUACUAUUUCAUGCCAAGAUGAGGGCUGUGAAAAAAAAGUCUAUUCUGUUGAAAUGGAAGCAAAAAUCACCCAUAUCACAUAUCCAGUGGAUUAGAGAUAAUAUACAGUUUCUCCACCUAUAUAAAAUGUAGUAUACUCUCAGUGGCUCAACUGACAGCCAUUUUUAACUCAGACCAAAUCUGUGCUCCCUUAUAGCAUGAGUGUCUAGAUUUAGUACUGUUGGGACUGUACAAGCCUGGACGCAUCAUUUGUAUGGAUGUUUUAUUAUAAAUUUAAAAAAUAAUAAAAAAUAAUAUAUUUUUUAAAUUAUGAGCAGAUUAAGAUUUGUAAUACUCUGAAAAUAUAUGUUUUUUCCUCUCUGCAUUCUGAAAUGGUACUGUUGAUGCAAUGUUUUUGUGCACAAUUUUGUAUAAAAUCUAUAAAUAAAGUUUUCAAA